AUUCGUGAGUCUAGUGUCGUAUAGUGAGGUGCUGCUAUGUCGGAGGAAUUCAAACUUGGAGAUCUGGUGUGGGCCAAGAUGAAGGGAUUUUGUCCGUGGCCAGGCCGAAUUGCCAAGCCUCAGAGUUACAUCAAGAAACCGGCGAAGAAGAUGAACAUCCAGUGCGUCUACUUCUACGGAACCAACAAUUACGCUUGGAUCGACGACGCCAAUAUCAAGCCGUACGAACAAUACAAGGAGAAGCUCAUCAACUCUAGCAAGAGUACUGCCUUCAAAGAAGCCGUGAGCGACAUCGAAAGAUACAUGGUCAUGAAGGAGGAGAAUCCGAAAUAUGAUCCGGACACUGAGGAGGAUAUGGACGGUGAGUUCGACAAGCUCAUGGUCGAGGACGAGGAGGAGAAGAUCACGCCAAAACCAAAACCCAAGAAGUCGCAGGGCGUAAAGAGACCAUCUUCUGCCAGUAAAAAUAUGACGCCGAAGAAGAAACGCGCUACGACGCCGGAGGAGAACGGAGCGACGCCUUCGUACACCACCAGUAGCAAUCGGAUCAAAAAUUAUCACGAAAUUCUAAAUAGACCGUCAGUGACUGAUGCAGUUGAAUCGCCAAUGGUUGACCUAACCAAUAUAUCCGAUAACAUGAAGAAGAAGAAAAUCGAAGCUUCUACGAAGACAUUCGGCUUCCUCGGUCUGGGAAUUAUGGGUUCGGGUAUAGUCAAGAACCUAAUCUAUUCUGGGCACAAAGUCAACAUAUGGAACAGGACGGACAAAAAGGCUCAGGACUUGAAGGAAAAGGCGGAUGAGAUUAAUGUCGGACUGGUCCAGAUUUACCCAACCCCCAGCGACAUUGUCGCCAAUUCCGAUAUCAUAUUCUGCUGCGUUAGUGACCCGACUGCUGUUAAACAGAUGAUGCAAGGCAAUUGCGGCAUCCUGUACGAGGAUGGGAACUUGAACGGCAAAGGGUACGUCGAGCUGACGAGCGUGGACAGCGACAGCUCGAAGGACAUAAGCAAGUUGAUUAAGAUGUACGGCGGUAAGUAUCUGGAGGCGCAGCUCGUUGGCAGCAAGAAGGAGGCGGAUGAAGGAAACCUGAUCGUCCUGGUGGCCGGCGACGAGGAUCUGCUGAAGGACUGCAAGAGUUGUUUCACGGCGAUGGGACGGACGGCGUUCAACCUGGGCAACGUGGGUCUGGCAUCCAAGAUGAACAUGGCGUUGCAGGUGAUCAAGGGGGUGGCACUGGCAGGACUCGCCGAAGGAUUCGCGCUCGCCGAUCGGGCGGGUAUCUCGCCAAAGGACGUGCUCGAGGUGUUCGAGCUGACGAGCCUCUGCUCGCCGUUCCUGCGCGCCAAGGCCGAUAUGAUUAUGUCUAUGGACUUUAGGAACGUGGAGCAACCUCUGCAGCAUAUGCAGAAGGACAUGCGGCAGGCACUCGAGCUUGCCGAUACGCUGACGCAACCCCUGCUGAUGACAUCCACCGCGAACGAGAUCUACAAGCACGUGAGGAGAUUAGGCUAUGAUUCUCACGACGUCGCCAGCGUUUACAUGAGAGCCCGUCACUGAGAAGUACUGAAUCAUCGCUUCAAAAACAAAAACAGCAACAACAAUAACAACAGCAGCAACAACAACAAAAAACAAAAUAUUGUAACGAAAGAAAGGAAUAGAGAAUUCGAGAAGGAGAAUUAACAAACACCACCAUUGAUUGAA